CGUUUAAGUUUGGUUUGACACAAAAUGUGAAUAUAGUGAUAUUGAGAGCGAUUUAUAUGUAUUAUUUUUUCUUAUUCAGAAUCACGAGUAAACAAAUAAUAUUAAAGUAUAAUUUAAAAAGUCGGCGAGUUUGUAACUGCGUAUCACAUCCUGCCAAAUUUAUUUUAUUCAUCAUUGAUCACACAUAUUUUUCUGAAAUGAAUAAUUCCGCUGCUAAGGUUGGUGAAAUAUUCACCGAAGCUGGAGCUGCAUUCAAUAAACUGGCCGAAAUGACAAUGAUGCUGCACCCUAUGGCUGAAAAUACACCUACUGCACCAGCAAAAACACCUGUGAAGAGAAAAGCAGCAGAUGACAGACCAGUUAUAGCCGGCACCACACCACAAACAACUCACAAUGUUCAUGCAGCACCCAUAUCACAGCAGGUGACCCUAAACAUGUUGAAUGCUCAUGAAUCAGAAAUGGAUGGAGACGGCCUGAACAAUCAAGUAAAACUGGAGUUUGAGUCUAGCACUGAGGAAGUGACAACUUAGGCAAGGUCUAUUUAGAAAAAAACAAGUUCUAGACAUAAGUAGUCAUUAUCUAUUAAGCUGGCCAUACACAUCAGGGUAUGCUGUGCAGUAUUGCCUGUACAGUCCAAUUAUUAUUAUUAUUAUUUGUA